ACAUGUCUAACGUAAAUAAAGCAGUAUCCACAAAUUCUAUCAUAAAAAUGUGGGUUCUCCUUGAGGGUGACUCAAGUUCCGUAAAAUAUAAUAUUUUACCAAAUGAUUAUAUAACUAAACCUGACUUAGGCGACCUUAAGUUAAAUCCUAUCAGUAAGAUUAAGGCUCUCAAAGACGUUGAGCCAGGAAAACUCGAGAUAUUUUCAUACGAAGAUCGCAUUAAUCCUCUUCGACAAAGUACUAGUCUUGAAUCUAUUGUUGGAAAAAUAACUGAUAUAAAUCCACUAGUUAUACGUUAUCCUCUUUCUUCUUCAACUGUACAAACUCCAAUAGUUAUUUUGCGGUGCAAUCUCUCGAAUUCAUCGGUUAAAAUAAUUCGUCCACAUACCAGUGGGCUCUGGUAUCUCGUACGUUCUGCCAUCGAAAAAAAAUUUGAAGAAUUACGAUCGAGUUCGACCCAGUAUAUUUUUGUGUCUAAUAAUGGAACCAAAGAUCAGAUGCUGAUAGAUUGCGAGUACGCAUUUAACGAUAUUAUAACAGAUGUCCGACCAAAUGAGGCUAAUAAACGUAUAAUCCAUCUAUCAAUUAACAUACCAGGAAAAAAAUCUUAUUUUGAAUGGAAAUUUAAGGAUGUGUUUCGUGAUAUAUUGAAACAAGAUCAUAUAGCUCUCGAUACUGUACCAAGAUUUAACCCGGAUGAACUCCCUCCAGUAAAACCUCCAAUUAUUGACGAUGAAUUGGAUCUCUUCAUCAAGAGCCUCUCGCAAAAGUACUAUACAUUCCGAAAUGAAAUAAAAACCUCACGUGAAUUUAUAUCAAUUUUCAUGAACACUGCUGUCCGUUAUGUUCAACUUCAUAUAAAUGAGAAUGCAUGGAUAUCUGUAGAAUCUGAGCUUAACGGAAGUCGUGGAUAUGGUUAUGUAGAUUAUGUUGUGAAUAUCAAUGGUAAUAUGGUCUUAAUAGAAGAAGCUAAGUGGAAAGAUACCGCCGAGGACAUAGCCCAAGUUCUUAUGCAAAUGCAUACUGUAGUGGAAAAAAUAGGCAAACGCAAGUGUGACUCGGAUCAAAUUCCACAAAUAUUUGGUAUUGUAACCACAGGUCGUAAUUGGCGAUUCAUUCGCUGGAUUGGUCAACUAGAAAGUCCAAUGGUCGAAAUUUCUGAGGAAUAUAUAUGCGGAUUUAAGCGGGAUGAUAAUAGCUCAAAAAACGUGAUUGAAUGUAUAUUACGUAUUCUUCAAGAGCAGGCUACAUUUUCAAAUAAUAAUGAGGACGAACGAGAUGCAAAACGUCCAUGGAUUUUGAAAUUUUCAAAAUGGAAUUGCGAAAGAAUCCUAGAACCUAUUUGCGUUACAGAAUACAAACAACAGCGAAAGGUUGAGGGUUUAUCAAACAGCUUGAGACUAAAGCAAGGAAGAAUUACUGCAAAGACGUCUCCUUCUGGUACUUAUCUUUACAAUAUAUCUUCCAUUUUUCCAGAGCUGACUUUCCAGGAUGCCGAUAACACCACCGUCACCACCACUACCACUACCAAAAAAGGUUUCCUCUAUUUUAGUGUCAAGCAAAAAGAGGAUCUUGAAUGGCAGAAACAACUCCUCAGCUCCCAAUACCCAACUUACAAACUCAUCAGCGAUAUUAGAUCAGGGAUUAACUUCAAACAGCUGGGACUUUAG